AUGGCCGAAGAGAAUCCCGUUACCUCGCCUGGGGUUGCUGAGCAGCCCGAGCACGCUCCUACUGCCGACAAGCCCACUGACAAGGAGUUGGACGCUGCUACUACCUCGGACACCAAGCCUUCCGAGAAUGCGAACAACACCGAUGAAAAGGAGACCGAAGGCCAGACAGACAAGUCCGAUGCCGUCGAUGAUGCGACCAAGGCCCAGGAGGAGGCCGAGUCUGCAUCGGCCGAUGCUGAGGCUGAGGCCCAGCCCAACGGAACUCCUGCAUCAGUGAAGAAGUCUGCCAAGGACCGGCGCCGCUCUAGCGGUGUUGGUGAGAAGAAGCUUAACCGCAAGAAGUCCCAGACCCGUAUCACUCACCUCGACGCGAAGCCUGGCCAAUACUACCUGGCGCGCCUCCGCAGCUAUGCGCCAUGGCCGGCCGUCAUCUGUGACGAAGAAAUGCUUCCCCAGUCACUUUUGGACACUCGCCCCGUCACUGCCAUGCAAGCUGAUGGCACUUACCGCGCUGAUUACGCUGAAGAGGGCCGACGCGCUCAUGAGCGCACUUUCCCCGUCAUGUUCUUCGAGACCAACGAAUUUGCCUGGAUUACAAACACCAACUUGACUCCCCUCGACCCAGCAGAAUGCAAAGAUAUCUCCGAAAAGAACAAGACGAAGCAGCUGAUUGGCGCUUUCAAGGUCGCCUCAGAGGGCCAUGACCUUGAGCACUUCAAGAGCCUCCUGAACGAUCAUCAGGCUGCCUUGCAGCAAGAAAUUGAGGAUGAAGAGCGUGAGGAGGAAGAGAAGGCUAAGGCCAAGGCUGACAAGGAGGCCGAGAAAGCCAACAAGAAGAACAAGCGCAAGAGUAAGGGUGCUGAGACUGAUGUAGAGAUGGAGGAUGUGGAGGCUGCCAAGCCAUCGAAGGCCACUAAGAAGCGCAAGAAGGAUGAGACCGACGUCGAAGAAGACAAGCCUGCUAAGACCCCCAAGACUGCAACCAAGAUCAAGCUGAGCACCCCCAAGGCUCCCAAGACUCCUGUCGAGGACAAGAAAAAGGCGCCCGCCCCUAAGACUAAGAAGGCCGCCCCAAAGAAGGGCAAGGCGGCUGCUAGCGACGAGGAGCCUGUCGAGGCUAAGGAGCCCGAGAAACAGAUUGACCCCGAGGAGUUAAAAAAGAAGAAGGAGAAGGAGGUCCUGUUCUUACGCCACAAGCUCCAGAAAGGGUUCAUCUCCCGCGAUAACCCUCCUCAAGGGAACGAAAUGGACGCCAUGGCCACCUACUUCGAUAAGCUCGAGAAACACGCCGAUUUAGAGGUUGCGAUUAUUCGCUCGACUAAGAUCAACAAGGUUCUUAAGAUGAUUGUCAAGCUUAAUACAAUCCCCCGCGAUGAAGAGUUCAACUUCCGCUCACGCGCUAUGAAUCUUCUGUCCAGCUGGAAGACUGUGCUGGAAGGUGAUCUCCCGAUUUUGACCGACAAGGAGGACAAACCCGCCUCGAACGGCGCCUCCAAGGAUGACGAGGCCCUGGAGACCCCAGCCGAAGAUGACAAGGAAGAUAGCAAGGCCGAUGAUACCCCCAUGCCUGAUGCAGAGUCCGACAAGCCGGAGCCUCAGCCAGAGGCCUCCAAGGAGGAAUCCGACGAGAAGGCCGAGUAA